GAGCAAGAUCAAGAGAAAAUGAGUUUGGAAAUAUCAGAAAACAGUUCUUUGUGGAGUGCAGAAAGUUAUUUUAAAAGUAUUGCCAAAGAUUUAGUUGGUGAACCAGCUAAGAAAAUUAUAUCUUGUCGCAUUUGUGCACCGAAUGGAAAAGGCGUCAAUUACUCAAGCAUAAUUCAUCGGAUUGAAGUCAAAUAUUUGGACAAUAACUGUGAUGAAUCAAUUGCAAGAUUUAUUGUGAAGAUCCUUCCGUCCGGAGAAAGGGGAAAAUUUAUAGAGAAACACGACAUUUUCAAUCAUGAAAUUCAUGUUUACAAAAAGAUAUUGCCCCAGACGACUCUCUUGUUAUCUCAAACAGGGUCUUUGGCUAAAUUAGCCCCAGAUUGUGUAACUGUGCUCACGGAGCCAUGCGCUAUUGUGCUGGAAGAUCUGUCUUUCACCCACUAUGAAAUGCUAAAUCGCAGAGAAGGGCUGAAUUUGGAACACACAAUUGACAUUCUGACUAACAUUGCAAAAUUCCAUGCAGCCUCUGUGAAAAUCUAUGAAAAUGAUCCCGAAUCAAUUGAAAGGUUGAUUGGAACUUCAAUAGCUGACUGCAUAAAUUCCUUCAGUGUCUUCUUCAAAGUUGGCAUGAAAUCUCUUCACGAUGAAAUCACGCAGUGGGAUGGAUUUCACGAUAUCGCUGAGAAACUAGACAAUCUCACGGACAAUUUCAUAGAUAAAACAUUUGAAAAUUACGCCAAGAGACCAACUUUUUGUGUGCUCAAUCAUAAUGAUCUCUGGACGAACAAUUUCAUGUUCAAAUACAAUUCAGACGGAAAGUUGCUUGACACUGUUAUCCUCGACUAUCAGUUCGUUUACUGGGGAUCUCCUGCAAUUGACUUGAAUUUCUUCCUCUUCACAUCUGUCGAAAGCCAUGUGAGGAAGACCUAUUGGAACUUUCUCAUUCAUCACUAUCAUAAAACUCUAAGCAAGACAUUGAAGGACCUCAAUGUCACCUGUGCGAUUCCCAAAGUUGCUGACAUUCAUAUAGAAUUGUUCAAGAAAGGAUCUCAUGCUGUUUAUGCAAGCCUUCUGACAGCAGGAGUUGUCCUUGCGCCGCCUGACACUGUUGAUUUGGGCCUUUUACUAGCCGAAUCAUCAGAAGGAUCAUCUUACAGAAAACUCAUGUUUUCCAAUCCUAAAUAUGUGGAAUUCAUCAAACCCGUCCUGAAAGAAUUUUAUUGGCUAGGAUUUCUGGAUUAAGAUGUUAAUGAUAUUUGUAUAAAUACUUCACUAUCAAUGCAAGAGCUUAAAGUCAAGCAAAUAAUAGCAUUUAAGUGAACGUAUAAAACACGAUAAACACCGUAAAAGACCAUAAUAACAUUAUAUUUUAUUUUCACUUUUUCUGUGCCGGUCGUUUUCAGUGUGUGAAAUGUCAUGUGAAUUUUUGUGAAUGAAAAGUUGUAAUUUUCCUCUGAGAAACAGUAAAAAAUUUAAAUAGUCUGCAAUUAAGUUGUUUUCAAUUUUUU